AUGCCUCGACGCACCGCGACUCCCGCCACACCCGCGCCCCCCGCGCCCUUGCCCCCGCCCCCGCGCGACCUCGCCGCACUAGAGCAACAGGACCCAGAAUGGGCCGCCAACCUCCACACUCUCCGCCGCCAUUGGAAAUGGGCCAACUUCUCCCAAUUCUUCUACACCUUUGCCCCUCUCCUCGCCAUGCCCGACGUCUUCCUCUCGGACGUUGAAGACGACCUUGCGCGGGGCACCAACCUCUACAUUCCCCGCAUCAUGCAUCGGCUACUCUAUACGCUCUCCCAGGACCGUAAACUCAACAUCGACAACUGGCAGACCGCCCUUCGUCGACAGUACAUGCGACGUGAUCCUACUGCAAAUCCUAUUGGUCCUGAGCCCAAGGUUCCCUCCCGGGACUCCUCUCUCGUGCCCUCCGAGGAUGACGAGGAGGAGUCAAAGGAGCAUAGUUCAGAAGCCGAAUCCAAGCCCAAAGACGACGCUAUGGAUACCGACGGAGACCAGCAGAGCGAAGCAGGCGUUACAGCAGAGACUGCCAAGGAGGAAGAUGGCCAGUCGUCUGUUAAAACGAAAGCUGAGCCUCGUGAGGAGGACGAGACGAUUCCCAAGGAGAGCGACGAUGAACCCGUCAACCCUCCGAAGGCCGAGGAAGAGGAAGAGAGCAAGGACUGGCUUCAGCUCCCAAUGCUGGAGAAGCUCGAUUCCCUCCACCUUCUCACCGAGUGGCAGUUCCAGAACCCCUACAGGCUGCGACAGUUGAUGAAGGAUGACGACGACAUGGCCAACUGGCGCAUCGAACCCAUUGGUUACGACGCCAAAACAAAUGCAUAUUGGUUGAUUGGUCCUGACCGCCUCUGGAUCCAACGUGCACCACCCAAAGCUCCUCGUUCCCGCACCCUCAAACGCAAGCGUCCUGCAGCAACCCCGAAGAAACGCGUCAAGGCUGAUGAGUCCUCGUUCGACGAAGAUGAGGAGGACGAACCUAUCAUCCGUUCCAAACGCUCUCGUACACAGUCCCAGUCCAAGGCGACUGCGUCGCAGUCUCGCUCGCAAACCCACACGAGCGGCCGCGCGACACGGACCUCCCGCCGCAACGGGCGCCCAUCCGGGCUCGACAUCGACGUGAUCUCCGCCGGCAAGAGCACGCGGGCCGCGAAAGUCCAAGCGAAUAAGAAGCUGGACAUCCAGGCGAAGGAGCUCGCCGAGUUCCAACGCCAGGCGGCUGCUCUCGCGCGCUCGAGCCCGCGUAAGACCCGUGCUCCUGCGAGUCCCGCGAAGCGUAUUACCGGGACUCGAGUUAGUGCUCGGUUACGUCAUGCGGGCGGGGCAGGCGACGAGGAUGACAGCGACGAUGAGUGGCAGCAGGUUCCUGAUGAAUGGCUGCAGGAGUCUGCUUCCCCGUCGAGACGCACGAGGACUCGUACGCGGAGCGGUAAGGGCAAAGUGUGGCAAGAGGAGGAGGACGAAGAUCAGGAGCGGGAGUCCGAGCCCGAUGCAGAGCAACAGCAGGACGAGGAGGAAGCAGCGGAGGAUCCGGUUCAGGAGCAGGCUGACGAUGAAGAGCGGAAGUAUGAAGCGCAGCAGGAUGAUGGAGUUGAAAGGAGGGAAGAGGGAGGAGAGGAAGGAGGAGAGAAUGCCGACGGAGCUGGACAGGACAACGGCCUUCUUCAGAAAGCUGGUCUCGAGAGUGGCAAUGUCAGCGAUCUCACUGACCUCUCUGAGCAGGAGGCAGAGCCGCCAGCUGAUGAGGACGAUGAGGAAGAGGAGGAGGAGGAGGCCCCUAAGGUACCACGGAGACGUGGUCGCAAGGCCGCCUUCGGUGUUCGGAGGUCUGGCAGACGGGGUCGAAAAUCGAGGACCGUCAACGAGCAGCCUGAGCAGCAGUUGUUUAUUAAGAGGGCUGUUAAGGAGGCUGAGCCAGAACCAGAUGAGGAGCAAGAAAUGGAGCCGCCGGCUCUGCCAUUGCCUCUAGACUUUGUUGAGUGGGAAGCGAUCGCUAUUACCCUCGCUGAGUGGGAACACGUUGCCGAUCCUUUCGAGAAAGCUACGCACUAUCUCGAGAAGGCGCUCUACAAGAUGCUCACAAAGAACAUCGUCCCGAUUGUCACGGAGGAACUCCGGGAAGCGGAAAAGAGACGUCGCCUGGAGGAGGCGAUCGUUCAUCGCAAACGUUCUUCCCGCAUCGCAAUGAAAGAAAGCGAGAAAGAAGAAGCACGUCUAGCAGCGAAGAGGAAGGCGGAAGAGGAAGAAAAGCUGGCACGUUCGCGACGGCAAGAAGCUCGACGGAAGAAGGAAGAGGCCGAACGGGUCAGACGCGAGCGUGCACGCGAGGAAAGAGCGAAGGAGCGCGACGCACGGGAGGCCAGAGCGAAAGCCAAGGCCGAGCGUCAGGAACGGGAAGAAGCUGCGGCUGCACGAUCUACAGCGACGCCGUCGGUCAAUGGCACCGGGCCGUCAAGCUCCAUACAGCCAAGUCGCGUUGUCACUCCUAACGGCGUACGGACUCCCGACUGGGUUCUCGAUUGCGAGGUGUGUCAUAAGCAGGGUCUGAACAUGGACGAUGGACUACCUAUGGUUUCGUGUGGCUCCUGCAACCGCUGGCAGCACAUCGCAUGCCAUGACCUCAUGGACCAACGCGCUGGUCGCCACAGGCGGGACUGGGACAAGCAACAGUUCUUCUGUAUACGCUGUCGUCAGCGUGCCGUAGAUGGCGGCGCGUAUAUAAGUCACAGAUCUCAGCCUCUCCCAGUGCAUCAGCAGCCGUAUGCGUUGCAAAAUGACCAUGGCCCAAUCCACUUGCAGAAGCCCGGUGGGAUGGAUCCGUUUGCACACUCUGAUCCACGUUACGGUCAUCGGUCUCCCGUUGAGAACGGCGGGGGCUAUCCUCAACAGUACAUGGCAAACAACUCUCCUCCCGUACCCUACGCAAGAGCAUAUACAAGUGCAGGGCUGCCUUUCAAUCAUUACCAGCCCGAGCAACGAGAAUUGUCCCGUCCUGCUCUUCCCUCGCCUCAGGGCUCGUGGAGUGGAAGUAGCAGCGGCUACGCUGCUAGACCGGAGCAGAUGUCGGGGCGGAUGCCAGCAUCGCACUUUGUUCCACAGUACCAACACAACGGCGGGGUUUACGCGAGUAAUCGCAUACCCUCUGCGUACCCGAGCCAUUCCUCCUCCUCGGCACUGCCAUCGUUCAACGAUUCCCAUGACCCUGCUGGAUCCAUGUCGAGCUCUCGCUGGCAGCCACCGGCAGCGAAUGGGUACCAUCCUCCGAACCACAACGCCGUGCAGGAAGCGGCUCAGUCGCUCGCUUUCAUGCACGACGGAAUCAGCCGGUAUAGCAGCCACAGCUCAGGCUGGCCUGCGCAGUCGUCUUCGCACCAUCCCCCACAAACAUAGAUCCUCUGACAGGUCAACCGUU